GUCGCCGUUGAGUCCACAACAGCAAACAUGGCCUCCCUACGUCUGCUCCUGCUGCUGCUUUUCGCUCUGUGCGCAACAUCGCUCGCGCAGUCUUCCAGUUUGCCAUCAUGCGCUCAACAAUGUUUGAAGAGUGCUUUUGGCACACAGACUUGCGCACCGACGAAUCAGACCUGUAUCUGCACCAACCCAGUCUUCCAGCAGAACGUUACGCUCUGCGUAAGUGCUAGCUGCACCAUUCCAGAGGCAUUGGCUACUCGCAAUAUCUCGCUAGCUAACUGCGGUGUUCCCCUCCGCAAUCACGGUCAGGACUAUGCUGUCCUCUCCAACGUCAUGAUAUCCGUAGCCGGCGCCUUCGUCAUUAUGCGCUUUGCAUUCAAAGGCAUCGUUUCUCGGUCCGACUUUGGCUACGACGAUUGGUGUGUCCUCGCUACUGCCAUAUGCGGGAUCCCGAGUGCCCUUGUUACUGUUUAUGGUACUGUCGCACAUGGGCUUGGGCAGGAUAUCUGGGCUUUGAGUCCACACGAGAUCACGGAGAUGCUGAGGUCCUUCUACACCAUGGCGAUCCUCUACUUCUUGGAGGUCGCAUUGUUGAAGCUGACCCUCAUCAUGUUUUACAUUCGGGUAUUCCCUAUCAAAUCAGCACAAUGGGUACUCUGGGGUACCACUAUCUUUACGGUAGGGUGGGGCAUUGCUUUCGUCAUCACAGCCAUCUUCCAAUGUCAGCCUAUCAGCUACUUUUGGAAAAGAUGGGAUGGCCUUCACGAAGGCAAGUGUCUUGACAUCAACGCAAUCACCGCCAGUCAUGCAUCUAUCAGCAUCGCAUUGGACUUCUGGAUCCUUGCCAUCCCCCUCUGGCAGCUUUAUGGUCUGCAGAUGAGUUGGAAGAGGAAGGUCAGCGUAGCACUGAUGUUCUGUGUUGGCACCUUCGUCACCAUUGUCAGUAUCCUACGCUUGAAGGCACUCGUUCAUUUUGCCAAAUCCGACAACGCAAGCUGGGAAUUCUAUGAUGUGUCGGUUUGGAGUAGCAUCGAAAUCUGCGUUGGAAUCAUGUGCGCGUGCUUGCCAACCGUGCGAUUGUUCCUCGUCAAGAUGUUCCCCAUCCUUGGGGGUUCUUCAGCUCGCAAGAGCAACAAGUACUAUCACUAUGGAAGCGGCAAUGAGCUCGGAAAUCUUAGUCAAAGGAAGAACACGUAUAAGGCAAACAGCAAUGUGUCCAGCCCCCAUUCGGGUGUGUUUGAGGCAGGAGAUGGUGUCACAGUGGAGCACAGCUUUGCUAUAGAGUAUGGUCGCAAGGAAGCGGAUGAGACUAGUCUGGUGAGCCAUAAGGGAAAGUCUAGUCAGUAG